ACUUUCCCGGGUGAAGGUUGUAAAGAAGCUCAAAUUUUCUUUUUAUUUUCGGCAAAGUUUUGGCCUGCGGCAUAUUUCAUAUCAUAUGGCACCAUCACAGAACCAAAAUCCUUCUUAUACUUUGGCACUACCCGCAUAUAG